UUAUCGAUUACGUUUCGGUAAUAAAUUUUAGUCAAUUGUUCUUUGGAUACGGAAGAUAAUUGAGAAAAUUGCCAGUUUAGAAGUUUUACAUUUAAAAAUAAGAGUCGGGAUUUAAUUUUGUUUUUUAAUAUAAGAAAAUACUAAGAUAAUAUGUAUUUUCUAAUAUUUAUCUACAUUUGGAGUUUUAUACAUGGACUAAAAUCAGAACUGGACGUUAUGAGACAUCCUAAUUGGAUAUUACUCAAUAAAGAAAAUUGCGGCAUAAGUAAUUCAGAUCGUAUUAUUGGAGGAAAAAAUGCAUCUUUAGGAGCUUAUCCUUGGAUUGUUCAAGUCGGAUAUAAUAUUGGAUUAAAUACAACAUUUUCAUUCAGAUGUGGAGGAUCUUUAAUUAAUGAACGUAUUGUCAUCACUGCAGCUCAUUGUAUUGUGAAUUUACCUAAAAAAUUUAAAUUGUCAAUUAUACGAGUGGGAGAACAUAAUACGCAAACAAAUCCUGAUUGUGUAAAAGAUUAUUGUGCUGAACCAAUUCAGGAUAUUGAACCAGACAAAGUUAUUGUUCAUAAAGAAUAUAAUAAAAUUCCACUUAGAAAUGAUAUUGCUAUUGUUAAAUUAAAGAAAUCAGUAAUUUUCAAUGAGAAUGUAAAGCCUAUUUGUCUAGUAAGAGAUGAAUUGCUGAGGAAAAAUUUCAUUGGAGAAAUAGCUGAAGUCGCUGGAUGGGGAAUUUUAGAUAUCAAGUCAUUGGUAUUUGGAUGUUAUACUGCAAAAGGUGAAUAUGGAGAAUGCGUUGAAAUUCGUAGUUGUCCGACAAUGUUGGAAAUUCUUAAAAAUAAAUAUUGGCAGCCUGAGAUUAAAAAAUAUUUACGAGAAUCAAGAUGUAAUGUUCCAGUGUCAUCAAGUAAAGAAGUUAUAAUUUGUUGUCCAUUAUAUUCAUCAUCAUCAUCAUAUACAACAUUGGCUCCAAAUUCACAAAAUUAUGAUUUACUUCCCACUAAUUGCGGACAAGAUACAAUGGAUAAAAUUGUUGGUGGAGAAGUUGCUGAUAUAGAUGAAUUUCCUUGGAUGGUUCUUUUGGAAUAUUUAACACCAAAUAAAGGAAAGCAAACGAAAUGCAGUGGUGUUCUUAUCAAUGAUAAAUACGUCUUAACAGCAGGUCAUUGUAUUAAAAAGAUUCCUUUAGGCUAUGAAGUUGUGAAUGUUCGUCUCGGUGAAUAUGAUACAACAAAAAAUCCAGAUUGUAUUGUUUAUGGAAAUUUUAAAAAUUGCGCUGAUCCAAUUGUGACAAUUUCCAUUAAUGAAAUAAUUACUCAUGAAAAUUAUUAUCCAGCAUCGAUUGAUCAAAAAAAUGAUAUUGCUUUAUUGAGACUUGAACAUAGUGUUAUAUUUACAAAUUACAUUCAACCAAUUUGUUUACCACAAAAUUCAAAUGUUGAGAGUUUAUUGUAUACAGCCGGAUGGGGUAAAACUGAAAAUGGAACGAAUUCUAAAAUAAAAUUAAAAUUAUCAGUUCCCGAUUAUAAUAUUGAAAAAUGUGCCUCUAAAUAUAGAACUGGAGGAAGAGAUGUUGGACAUGGACAAAUUUGUGCUGGUGGUAAAAUGGGAAAAGAUUCAUGUAGUGGUGAUUCUGGCGGUCCACUUAUGGCAAAAUCAUUGAGAAUUAAUGACGAUAAACCAAGAUGGGUGAGCGUUGGAGUUGUUUCAUAUGGACCAAGUCCUUGUGGAUUAGAUGGUUGGCCUGGUGUUUAUACCAAAGUAUAUGAUUACAUGCCUUGGAUCCUUCGUAAUAUUAGACCGUAAAUUUAAAAAUUUCGUUAUUUAAAAUAAAAUACUUUUUUUUAUGAAAUUAAAUUUUAUUUUACAUUUCAUUGAGUCAUUACAUUAGAAGAAAUAAAAUAAUUUUAUUUUCAAUUGUAAAAA